AAACUUAACAUUUAUGCUAGAAAGCUUAGACAAAAAUCGAAUAAAAUGUUAAAAAUGUAUCAAAUUAUAAUGUGUAUGUAUGUGAAAAUCAUGUUGAUAACAGCCCUAAUGUACUGUUUAAAAUUUUCAAGGAGCUCAAAAUUAUUUACCACAACAGCGAAAGAACUCUUACAUAAAUAAUAACAGACUCAUCUUAAAUGGAAGAUUAUUUAUUCCAACAUCCCGUCGUAAGGUACUCCGCCCCGUGCUCUUAUUUUGUAAGUCACACCGGAAGCCGGGAUCACGUGUCCCUCAGUGAACUUGACAUGGUGGACUGUGUUGUGUCGGUGAAAAUCGCUCCUCUGAGGGAUUUAACGGAAGAUGCUGAAGAAACGGGAGCUGCUGGUAAGUUAAACUAUUACUCCCUUCUCCUGUUGAAUGGUGACCCGUCUUCACCCCGAAUCCGGCCGAAGUUUCCCGAAAGAGGCACAUUUGUGUUCCGAAGGGUGUCGUGUUGAGCCGUAGGUCGGCUGUGAGCUCCAGGCGGAGGUUCGUGUGGUUAGUUUACCCCGGAGAGGAGCUCUGUGACCCGCUGUUAGCCCGCUGUUAGCCCGCUGCUGCUGCUGCUGCUGCUGUCACCUGGGAGACGCUAACGUUAGCCGGAGAGUCCGGGGAGGGGGGGGGGCGGUGCUGUGAGGAGCUGACAGGGGGGCAGAUGGGUGUACUGGGACUGAGAAGGAGGGGUGCUGCUCUGGUUCUGGUUCUCCUGCUGCUCGUCCUUGUUGUUCCGAUCGAAACUGUUAGCUAUCCGGCAGCUGUGGAAGCUAGCUUACAUGCUAACAGUGGCUAACAUCAAAACAGCGUGUGUUCGUGUGUUUGUUUGUGAUGCUGCAGGUGGACAGGUGUGCUGCUGACCGACAUGAACACCUGUAUAAACACCUGUAUAAACAGCUAAACCUCACCAUCGGAUCAUUAAAUUAAUAUGUGUUGAUGGGAGUGUAAGAUUUACUCAUGGUGUGAUUCCCUUCUCCACAUUUAUCCCACAAUGACGAUAUUUCUGUGAUUUACUGAAGAUCAAUAAAGGAAAUAAAAUAUCUGUGUUCGAUGUUAACAGGAUGAUAUUUAGAACGAGUCAGGACAGCCUCAUGUACCUAUAUGUCAGAUAUUUAUGAUUUUACAGCUCAAAGUAAAAUUACAGACUACAGCGGGGUGUCGCAGCUCAAGGAAGAACAUUUAUGAUCAUUUCUUCAUCAUUUCCUUGAAGUAAUAAUCACCAUAUUAAUAAUUUUACAGUCGCGGUAGUUCUUCUGCCUUAGCGUCUCGGUCUGAUUGUAUUUCCAUGAAGAAAUGAUCAUAAAUGUUCUUCCUUGAGCUGCGGCACCCCGCUGUAGUCUGUAAUGGACUGGCCUGAGGUCUCUCUGCAAACAAUCGUCUGCUGGAAGAGAGUAGGUGAGUUGUGUUUAGUCUCUUUGCUAAAGAAAUGAGUCAAAGUUAAAAAGAUGUUUGGUGUCUAGUACUAUGUCUGUGACCCUAUCUGUCCUGUUGAUGAAGUUAGGUGCUGUUCUGAGCAUUAUUUGUGGCUAUAGAGUGGCGUUUUGGUUGGGGGCGUGGCUCUCUGUAUUUCUAUCCUGCGGUCGUUACUAAAGUUGGUAUAACUAGAGAAGGAAGCGGUCGACAACAUUCAUCUCUGGAGGGGGGGUCUAACUCGGUGUUACAGUGGGUUUGACCCUAAAUUAAUUUUACGCUGGAAUAUCCCUUUAAAUUAUUGCUUUGACUGCAGAUCUGGAUUGAAGCAGUUGUGCUGUUUUUCCAGCACUGAGAGUUGGAGCCAACCUGCUUCAGUGAGAGGGAAGUAGAGACUGCUGUUCAUAUAAUUAUUUACAUAUAAUUUCUUUUUUUCUGGACAUGCAGGGCUGCAGAGUUGUCUAAACUUUUCACUGUUGAUAGAACGUUCAUGUCUACACGGCAAAAGCAGCAGAAUCCUCCCUGUCUCUGAGUUUUGUGAAAACUUCCUCAAAACUUCAUCCUGAUCAACAGGCUGACAAUCAUUCCUCCUUUUGAAUUGUCUCUCUGGGAAAGUUUGUCUUUGUUUCCUCUUAUUCUUGAAGAAUCAGCUGAGAAAUGUUUGUUUUCAGCUCCUGUUGAAGAAGCUUCACGGCCUGACAGCUCUUAGUUCCUUCUGUUUCCUCUGUGCUGCCUUACAGAGGCCUGUUACUUCAGCUUUUGUUGCUGAACUGAAGCACCAACAUCGGUCAGGGCUGCCUGGAUAUCUGUGCACAGUCAGAUUAUUACCAUCUACCUCCUCUUUCUGCUCUUCCUACUUAGAUUUCUGUAUCUCAGUGUUUGUUCAGGCUGUUGGGUCAGCUUCAGACUCUCAAACACAUACUUUUGUUUUUCUUGAUAAUCAUGCUGCACAACAUUCCCCCAUUGUUCUUCUCUACAGGCUCUGCUAUAUGUGACCAAUGAAACUAGUGUGAAUGCAAUACUGCAGGCUUGGACUGUGAGGUGGAGGAAUCAAUUCAGUGUGCAGUGAAGCUCAGCCGAGACAGGAACAAACGUCAGAGCUGUGUGAAACUCACAGCAUGUUUGAAAUCACUGCACAUGUUGAUACAGACUCGGCUGCACCUUCAGGGAGGUCUGAAGGACCAGGAGAUGGACUGGUUGAACUGGUCUGCUGUCUUUUUAAAGUCCAGUGUUUGUAGCUUCUCAGCAGCCUCUUCCUCUGUUGCUUCUACUGCAUGUUCCCUCAGUGGGGGUUGGAUCCAAAAUAAUCAAGCUCCACAAAAUGACAGAUAGGUCCACAGCGCAGGAAGCUGCUGUAGAGGGUUUUAUUAAACACGUGUGAUGCUGUUCUAUUCAACAGUCUUCAGGUUGACGGUGAAGUAAACGGUGUUAUGAACCUCUCAGAUAUGACAUAGAUUCUGUGAAUAUCACCGAGCGCUCACUGCAGACUCACUGGAGAUGUGAGUGUAAAACACUCCUACAUGAUCUGAUCUGGAGCUGCAGUGAUUGAAUAUUGAAGUGACUGAGUAGGCGAUCAAUCAGCCAAUCAGUUUUUUCACUGACUGUAUUUUUUUAAUGAAUGCGGUGACAAAGUAAACACGGCUGUUAGACAUGAUAAUCUCAUCUGGUGUCAUUACUGGACCUACAAACAUACUUGAAGCUUUUUUAGAUCGGUCCAAACAGACAGUCUGUCAGAGCUCCAGGUGUGCCCCCCCCCCCAGUCACAAAGUCUGGACACGCCCCUGCAGAGCAGCUCAGAGGAAACGGAAGGAUCUGACAGGUUAACCUUCACCUGACGACUCUCAAAGACUGAGAGGAGGUAAAACGGUGACUCCAGUACUGGCAGGAGGUGUUUCAGCCGUCUGUGUCUCUGAACGGGAUCAGAAUGAAGUUUAGAGAAAAUAUCCGCCUCACUGAGAGACUCUGCUCGCUCUGUAGAUGAAGUGAAAAGAGAGUAUUUUUACUACAUGAACGUUAUAAACAUGUUUCAGCAGCUCCACAGCACGACUGCUGACGCUGGUAAAGACAUUAAUGCAGUUUCUUUUGCUCCACAUCAACAAGUGACUUGAUUUUAAGAGAGUCACUGGAACCGUCCUGAUGAUGGCUCGUUGACACCGUCAUCCUGCUCUGCUGUGUGUUCUGAGGUCUUUGUUCGCCUCAGACUUCCUGUAAAGCUGCUCCUCAGUCUUUUCUGUCUCAGGUGUUCAGACACUGAAAUGAUCCUCAGCUGGAUCCCAAAUAUUCCCCCAGAGCAGAGGCUGAUUUCAUCUCCUCCAGUUCAGCUCGCCUGUCCUGCUCCUGCUUGUUGGCGUGAAGUGUUGGUCACUCUGUGUGCAGGAGAGUCAUGUGAGCGAACAAACACGCUGCAGGCCUACUCACACACACACACACAGACGCACACACAGACGCACACACCUACACAAACUGUCAGAGCAGCUGAUGGGUGUAACCAAACGGACUCCCAACAUUCAGGGGAGCUUGUGAUGCUUCCAGCCACACAUGCAUAUUCAUUUGAAUUGCAAAUUUCAGCCUUUUGUGCAGUUUUAUAAUCACACAAAUUCUCUCACUGUGAUGGAGAAAAGAUGACGUUUGUUCAGGACUAAAAGUUUCUAGAAGAUCUGCAUUCAGAUGGUGAAUCAGUCAAAAACUGAAACCAUGUGUGGGCGCUCUGGAGGUCCAGUCAGGAUCAGAUAAUUAGACUUACAUUAAACCAGCCGUCCAGGUACUACAAAGACUUUAAAGUUCAUUCAGACAUACAGCAGAAUAAAGUCUUAAAAUAUGAAUCAGACUGUAAAACAGGAGUGGCCGACUGACUUUUACACUUGGACGGUUUCCCAGAAAAACCUGGACUCUGGACCUGUUGUGAUCUUGUGUUGGUGAGUCUGAGUAUUGUUGCACACACUCGUCGUCUCGUCCCGAGUUCAGACUUCAGGGACACGGUGACCAGGCCGAGCUCUGAUUCUGCUGAGGUUACUCAUUAACUGGAGCGAAUAAACAGGAAUUAUCUGCAUCAUCACUUCAUUCAGGAGUGGAGCGGGAACGCCUCGCUGCUCCCUGGACCUUCUGCAUGUUGUGAAAACAGCCUGAAGAAAACAUCAAUAUUUGUUGGAGGAUAAUUUGACCUCUGAGUUUGUCUGAUCUGUCAUUGAAUCUGAGUGGAGAAGAAACAACAAACAGUCUCUCCUGAGGGGCGGACAUCGAACCCUCACACACCACAGGUGGAGCAGAUAUUUACAGCUGUGGGGGAAGAGAGUCCUGCACACCGACCAAUCACAGAGCAGUCAUGUGACCUCACUAUAGGACCCACUGAGGUCAUGUGACCACAGUAAAGCUGUCCUAGAUUUCAGUCGAACCCUUCUGUCUGUGUGUGUGUGUGUGUUCAAAUGUCACAUGUAUGGACCUGAACCUGGUCCAGAAUGUUCUCCCUGUUCACCACAGCCGCUCCGACGCUGCGAUCCGAGCUGUUUCUGAACUCCCACAGGAACCCGUUUCCUCGGUGACGAUGACCCGCUCAGAUGUCGCUGAUCUCUGCAUGUUGAUUUAAGAUGCUGCUCUUGUCUAAACUGUGACUCAGGGUCCAAUAAAACCUGUUUUAGUUUCCGAUGAAGUUCUGGGCUGAACCCGGUUUGGUCACCUGACGUCCCCAAACUCAAAGACUCUGUUUUAACUCUGUUUAGGACUUUAAUUAUGAAAACAUAUUUUAGUGUCGACUUUACAUGAUGAAGAGCCUGAACUCAAAAGAACAUGUGAACUUGUUUUUGUGUAUUCCUGGGAACAUUUACGUCGUGUGAAAAGUGACUUUGUUUACUCGGACCUCUCAUCAGGACAUGUGGGUCUGACCCGGACCAUCCUGGAGUAAAGUUCUGUUAGUGAAGUCUGGUUCAGGAUGGUUCAGAGGAGGAAUCAGACAGUUUUCUGUCCUCAGACUCUGAAUCAGCGCCCCAGUCUUCCUGUUCUUACAGGAAUGUGGACCUGCUCCCUCCGUCUGAACGUCAGGAACCGUGAGGACGGACAGAUUCCUCCUCCGGGUCUCUGAUCACCCUGAUGUGAUAUUUGCUCAGUGAACACGUGAGACGACUCAGCUCCGCUCUACAAUAAUAACCUCUCUUCUAACCUCAGGGGGUUUUUACUGAACUCUCUAACCGUGUUUCUCUAAAGCGUCGUAGAUCACAGGAGAAGCAGUGUGUCUCCUUUAUUCCUUCACUGGCAGGAGGACGGGUCCACAGGUUCGAGAACACUCAGCUGUUGGUGGGUUUGCUUUCUGUGACCCACCGCUCCAGGAUCAGGAUGUUUCAGUAAAGACUUAAAUCCUCUUUUUAGUCACACAUCGUUCUUUACUUUGUUCACCUCGCAGGUUCACUUCCUCAUACCUGUUCCAGUCCAGAUGUUAUCUGACAGUUUCAGCAGAGACGGCCCACGUUCCACUUCAUCUAAAACACCGAUAAAUAACCCCGCACUGUGAGACGCCAUGUUUCAUCCGUGUUUGUUGACGUCUGGGUGGUUGGUCUUUGUAGAGCCACCAACCGUCUUUCUGCUUCCAUGGCGUUAUGACAAAAUGAUGGAUGAUGCAACUUCCUGUCCUUGAGUAGAUUUCAGCAUAAGAGUUCCUAAAGUGGUCAUUUCUUGAUGGUGACACCACAUGAUAUUUACUGAAAUGAACAUGAUCGAUAAAGUUUAUUUGUACAUCAUGAGAGAAAUAUAACUGCAGAAGUUUUUCAGUUUUGUACAGGAAUAAAAAACAGUAACUUUUGCUGAAAACUGCAGAAACUAACUUGUAAAAGAUUUCGAGUAAAUUUAGUUUUUAAAACAGCAGUCAUGGUCGGACGGUCGCACCGCGUGAUGUUUUGACACUUUGAGUUUCAGAAAAAUUACAAAACUCCUGAUUUUUGAAAAGUUGAAGUGACUAAAUAUAUGAGAGAGAUACUUCAUAUACAUAGGUAGUAAAAUUUUAUACAUUUAAACCUUUUAUUAACUUUAAUAAAAUACAGCCUGACUAAACGUUUCAGUGUUACCAGAGCUAAAGUCCAGCCGAGCAGAGGACGUCUUCACAGUUUCUAACCGUCACAUUUAGACGGAGCUGAACUCACUGCUGAACGACACGGCGUCUCUCUGAGAGAUAGGAGUGUGUCCAGACGGGACAAGGUUUAGUUCUGCAGCUGAAGAAAGAGGUUUUACAGUCUCCUACAAAGUGUUGGAUGUAGAGGACGAGACAAGUAAAGACUGAUCUGUCCACCAGGGGACAGAACCGACACAGACCCUCCUCACAGAAGCUGUGAUAUAAAAGUGACUGAGACCAGGGUCAUCCACAAAGACUCCUGUUGACUGGGGGUACCUGUCCGUCUGUCCGUCCAUCUGUCCGUCCGUCUGUCCUUUUCCUGGGCUGAUCCAGAGUCAGGUUUCAGUGGCAGAGAGCCAAGCGAGUCGACCCAGACGUCCCUCUGCUGAGGUGUUCUCAGGUCAGAUGAGAUAUAUAUAAUCCCUCCCUCUGGGUCUGGAUUCUGUCCCAGCUGGACCACCCCAGGUAGUCUCUGAAGGGGGUUGAUGAGGAGGCCAAACCACCUGGACUGACUCCUUUGGACCCGGAGCAGCAGUCCUGCUCUGACCUCCUGUCUCAGACUAAUCCUGAGCCUGUGAGGGUGAGGGUGAGGGUGAGGGUGAGGGUGAGGGUGAGGGUGAGGUGUUUCCGUCUCUGAGUUUUUUUGACAUCAACAUGCUGAUGAUGUAGUUCCAGCUCAGGAAAUACAGAGACACAUGAACAUGUAGAGCAGACCUAUAAAAACAUCUCUGCAGAUCCUACAGGAAGAGGCUCAAACUACAGCGAGUCUCUGAGACCUUCAGGGUCCAGUUUUCUGCUGGACUCUGUCAUGUUGGAGAGAAUGAGCGUGUCCGCAGUCAGGCCGCCUCGGAGGUUCAUCUGAGUUCAUCAAACUUGACAAGAAGAAGAAGAAGAAGAAGUGAAUGAGGUUUGAGUCGCUAGAACAAGAACCAGAGAGCGUUUAAAGUUUGGAUCUUUUAGAGCUGAAAUAACGAGUCAGAGAAGAGAUGAAUGAGUUAUUGAUCUGAGACGGUUUUUCAUGUACGAGAAUGUAAACGUGAUAAUCCAUAUUCAUAAAUCAUCUCUCCUACAGUAAAAGCAGAGCUCUGAGAGCUGUCAGAUACAUCAGGAGAUCAGACGCUCAGAGACACGACUCUGUUUUUAUCAAACCUGUAAUUGAUCAUUUUGACUUCUCACAUGAUCAAUAAUUCAUGGAUGAAUAAGUAAACAGCUGCUCUCGGUCUGAUAGUAGAGAGAUAAUGAUGGUGGUUAUUAUAACUGUGUUAGUUCAGAGUUUACAGUAAAGAUGAUCAUUGCUGCUUUAUUGCUCCUGUUACUAUGCUAACACACACACACACACACACAGACACACACACACACACACACACACACACACACACACACACACACACACACACACACACACACACACACACACAGACACACACACACACACACCUCCGGUAUAAGCAGCUUAUCUCCAAUAUAAAGAUGAUAAGAACCAGGACCUGAGGCCUCUUCAGGGUCUGGAUCACAUGUUCAAACCGUCUCCUGUAAUCCAGAGACUCAGCGCCCAGCAGAGCGCCGUGUUUGCUCUUGUUGUGUACCUGCCAAAAAGACGAAGAGCAGGAGGAGGAGGAGGAGGAGGAGGAGGGUGACAGGUGUGUGUGUGUGUGUGUGUGUGUGUGUGUAUGUGUGUGUGUGUGUGUGUGUGUGUUCGGUGCGGAGGUGUUGGAGUAAAGCCGAGGAUUCGCUCAGAGCAGCGUCCUCCCCGUCUCUCUCCGCUCACACUCGGCUGCCCUCUCCUCUGAGCCCGGUGUCGGUUCUCCACAGCAGCUUGUUAGUCCGUUUGGCAGCGGUACCAGUCUGCCUGGAUCCACUCGGUGCUCCCCUGUAGACCCUCUGGACCCUCCUCCUUAACCUGCUGAAGGAGAAGUUACCCAUCAGAGACUGAACUGUGGUCAGUGUGUGAUAACUGGGCUGUGACCCCCUCACACCCACCUCCACCUGCUGUGACCCCCUCACACCCACCUCCACCUGCUGUGACCCCCUCACACCCACCUCCACCUGCUGUGACCCCCUCACACCCACCUCCACCUGUGAUCAGUCAAACAUGAUCCAUCCUGGUGUAGAAAAGCCUGCUGUCUCCUGAAGUCCUCUGCUCUCACAAGAACCUGCAGAUUCAUGAACAAUCACACGUCUCUCUAAAGACAGACACAUAGACAUCUAAGCAGUAGAUUGUGUCCUUCCAGAGGAGGAAAUCUACUUCUAGACUUCUAGAAUCAGCAUCUCCUCAUCCAUGGUGUCAUCGGGGUGAAAUGACGUCUAAAAACCUUUCACUUGUUCGUCUCCGCCCGUUUUGAAAGAAGUCGGUGUAAAUUGACACGUUAACUUGAAUGGUUACGAUCAGCUACGAUCGGAGGAUACGACCUUUUAGGAGACAUUCUGGAUGAAGGUGGAGAUUAGGGAGUUAGCCCCGCCUCUGCACGCUCUGAGUGUGUGAGUGAGCACAAACUUCAUCUAGAUAUGAGUAAAAAGAGGGGUGAUCUUCAUCAUCAUCCUCAUCCUCAUCACGGGCUCCUUCAGUAGAGACUGAGAAAACACCGGUGGCAGCGUCCUGACCCACGCUCCGUCUGCAGAGAAACAAGUUUUCCCAACACGCCUCACAGACAGUCAUGAGUAUAGAAGUAAGAAACAUAGAUUUGACACUUUAGAAGGUCCACUCGUCCUCCGGUCAGAGAAAACAUCAUCACCCACCCACCCACUCAGACAGACAGACACUGGGGGGUACCAGUACAGACGGUCUGCAGAGUGAACAUGAGGGGAUCUAACUCAGAAGUAGAGAUUAUAGAUGACUGAUGUUAGAUUUCCUGUUUCUGAUUAUUGAUUAUUGUGACCUUUCCUGUUUGGAUACGUCCACCUCAGCUGUGUGAUCGUCGUCUCACGCUGAUCGUCCUCCACAGAUGAAGUUUGUACCCUCAGCUCUGAGCGAUCACGUCACAGGACUCUUCCUCAUUGCGGUUCUACGACUUCUUGAACUUCCUCUUCCUGCUGCUGUUUUUAGUGCCGCUGCUAUUUUCAGUCGACUCCCGAAGCCGUCAUUAUGGUGUCUGAGUGAGGAGCCUCUCUAACUCUGUUUCAUUCCUGGAUUCAGUUUUAUUACACGUCUUCAGACCCUCGGUGUGUGGUCGGAUCUUCUGUCUGUCUGAAGGUUUGAGGGAUUUUAGUUUUGUUGUCAGAAUAAAACCCUAAAACUACUUCAGGAAAUCUUCUGUGAGGUUUUUAGAAAAGAAAAGAGACUUGAUGAGAUUAGUCCGAGGGUUUGAAAGACUCUGAAGGUUCAGCCUCAGUCUGGUUCAGUUCUGGAGCUCUCAUUGAGUUAGAGGAGCAGAUGGAGAUGAUCCUCCUCCUCCUCAUGGCUGUUCCUUAAUGUGAUAUUCAGCCUGUAGCUGAUAUGAAAUGCGGUCUUCACAUCCUUCUGGCUGUCUCUGCGGAGCGUCAGGGUGGUUUUUUCCUGAAGUGAAAUCAACACCAGCGGGUUGAUAACAGCUUUGGUGGCUGAAGGCCAAACAUCAUCUUCUGUCUGAGAUGAUUCCUACUUUUCAGAGGGAGGAGUGAAACUGGAGCUCCAGGACCAGAGACACAAAUAUCAACUCUGAUCGUUUCUCUGGUCUGAGACAGCUAACAGAAGGAGACCCAGGGGGCGCUGUUCAGGUUCCUGCAGAGCUGCUGUCUGUCUGUCUGUCUGUCUGUCUGUCUGUCUGUCUGUCUGUCUGUCUGUCUGUGGUGGUUGUCCUACACCAGCUCCAGGUUACUAGAUUUCAUCAGCCUGGAUGAUCUGAUCCUCUUGGAUGUUCUUGGUGUGAGACCGAAACUGACCUUGUGUCCAAACAUCCAAAUCAGAAAGUUCCCGUUGCUCUCUUGAGCUGACGCUGCGGUCCUCUUCCAUCACAGAGUCAUGGGGCGCCGUAUUCCGAUGGCGACUCACGGCUCAGAGUCUGUGAAGCUUUGGUUACCGCCGUACAGACGCCAACAGACGAUACAAGCAUCAAAGUCAGCGCUGCAGAAGUUGAACAAGUUUCCUGACAAACUCUGAUAAAAGGACGUCAACAUUAAAUCUGAACUAUGUGAAGGUCUGAUGGACCAGAUCCUGCGUGCUGCAGAAGAGGGUCCCAACAAUCCAAGUCCAGUCAUGGAUUUAAUCCAAACACAAGGAUUACUUCAGAUCUACUCGUACCCUUGUUCAAGUCGUCUGUGAUCCGUCUUACCUUUACAGACCAGGGUUCAGAUCCUCCAGGGUUCAGAUCCUCCAGGGUUCAGAUCCUCCAGGGUCCGGAUCCUCCAGGGUUCGGAUCCUCCAGGGUUCAGAUCCUCCAGGGUUCGGAUCCUCCAGGGUUCGGAUCCUCCAGGGUUCGGAUCCUCCAGGGUUCAGAUCCUCCAGGGUUCAGAUCCUCCAGGGUUUGGAUCUUCCAGGGUUCAGAUCCUCCAGGGUUCGGAUCCUUCAGGGUUCAGAUCCUCCAGGGUUCGGGUCCUUCCUCUCUCUAUGCUGAGUAAACAAACUCGGCGUAGUGAUCUGAUCAUGUGGCCCAACAAGAACCAGGUCCUCUGGCCCCUCAGCGGCUCUUGGAUCUGGUUUUUAGUGACGGACUCGUCUCAGUGAAGAUACCGUCUGAACAUGUUCAUGUCGGUCAGACUCUGGUGUUUGUUUAUCUACAUUAUUAGGCUGAAAUGGUCAUUCAUCCGUUCAUAUGAGCAGUGUUGUAUCGGUGCGCCCUCUUGUGGACAUAACACACAAACAUAAUGACUCGGCUGGUUCAAAGUUGACUCUGUUGUUGGAAAAGCAGAGAACCUUCACUAAAUUUAACUCUAACUGAUCUCUGGAGUAAAGACUCGCUCUCUAAGAACGUUUUCGUCUCUUUUCCUCGUGGUCAGAAAACCGUUUGAUUCUCACUCUCCACACGUUCAUCUUCCUCUGGAGGAACACGCCGAUGACUGUCGGCUAUAAAUAACUGCCGUGUGAUUUCAAGUUGGACUCGAAUCAAAGUUUUGGUUGAAGGUAAGUUUAUAAAGUCCCGCCCUUUCCUUUGUGCGAGCAGGUUUCUUCUCUGUCAUAAUCCUGGCAUUCAGCCCUGCAGGUCUGCAGACUCCUCUGCACGUUAGAUUAAAGGCUGCCGGAUCCUCCAGACUCCGCCUUCAUGUUCUGCUGGUUCCUCCUGUCCUCCAGGAAUCUCAGAUAUCUGAAUACCUGUCUGCUGAGUCUGUGUGGAGUCAGGGAGGGACUGUGUAAACUCUGCGGUUCUCUCUCUGGGUUUUGGAGCACAUUGAUUUGAUGCCACUAAACCGUCAUGAUGUCAGAGUUCAGACGGUUUCCAGAGUCGUCCUGGUUUCAUGUGGUCUGACUCUGGAGCUCUUCGUCUAACACCAGCAGAGGUAUCACCACCAGGUUCAGUUUAGAGACGGCGUCUGUCAUCGGUGCUCGUUUACACACACGCCCUCUAAAGUCUGUUUACCGCCUGUUUCCACACGCUCUUCUGUAAACCGCCCCCCCUCAUAGGAUCACUCAGACCGCCGCCUGUUUCCGUCAACGUCAUCUGUCUCUACACAAACACGGAGAGUUUAGAGGGCCCAUAAAAAAACAUUAAAGUGUAGAUCCUGGUAGGACCGGUAUGAUCACCGUACACUUCGUCAUUUUAUCCGAUCUUGAUUUAUCGUCACGAUUUUAUUUUUUUAACUGCCAGUUUUAAAGCAUCUGAACUAAAAACUAAAGAAACUAGAGAUCAGUUCAACAUUUUAUUAACAUUUAAAGUAAAUAAAGAAAAUUAAAUAAGAUAAACUUAGAAAAAUAAAAAACAUUUAAACUGAACAAACGUAGAUAAAAACUCAGUAAUCCAGUGAACUAGUUUACAGUUCUGAGUGUUUCUGACCCAAAAUAAACAGAUGUCCCCUCAGAGAAAAUGAAGACGCCUUAAAAUCCAAACAUUAAAGGAUGGUAACGUAGUUGAUAAGAUCGAUUACUUUGGUCUGGCGGCUGCGCCUCUAAUGCUUCUUGUGCCGUUUUCAUGUUUUCCUCAUAAUCGCUCAGGAAGAACUUCUUGAAAUAAACAGAUCUGUUGUUUUGCCGAUCUUUGAGGCACUGACCGCCGACAUACCGUACACAUCGGCUUAAUUACUCAACGUCACUUUGGAGAUACCUGAACCAUCGCCACACGACCGACGAUCAGUAACUUCUCAACAAUGGCGUCUUCGCCACCCAAAGUCACGGCUGACAUCUAUGUUCAGUCAUUCUGUUUACUUCCUGUUUACUUCCUGUUUACUUCCUGUUUACUUCUCCGAUAACUUACAGAAGGGAGCAGGAAAAGCUCGACUCUGAUUGGCUGUUGUCACGCACAUUUCCGCCAUGUUUGAUCGAGUAAAUAUGCUCACAGCUGAUCACUGUGAUCGAACUGAAAUUUAUCACCAUCAUAUAAUCGCCCAGUUCUAGAUCCUGGUUAGUGUCGGUCCAGUUUGAAGUCCUGGUUCUGGUCUGCUGGAUGAGAAGAACCGUGUUCACUCCAGCUCCUGAGAAAAAUGAGCGUCCCCGCAGGGAUCUGGCGCCCGGCCCACUCUGACUCCAAACCCGUUAAUAGAGUUUGACCUGGAUCUGAGCGGCGCUGCUGGGAGGUUCUGAUAACGGGCUGCUGCUGAUGUAACGAGGACGAGACGAAGACGCUUUGACUGACGCUCGUCCUCAGACGUGACGGCCUUUGUGUUUGUUCCUGUUUUACAUGUCGGAGCGUCGGCAGUCAGAUGAGGCUGAAAUCAGAGGGACAGGCGGGAAAACAACGUCAGAGCGAACCUCCUCUGAGUGUUUGUUCUCGUUCAGGCGGGUCAUCAGAGGAGACGAACGAAGAGUCAUGGCGGACAGUACGAGAAGAGAGGCGGGUCAAAGCGUGGUUUAAUUUUACUAAGAAAGACGAGAACAGAGCAACGUUUGUGGAGCAGUGAGAACAUGUGAAGGUGGAAACACCAGAAACACGCUUCAACGUUUGUCAGCGGGGCGUCAGACAUAAGGAGUCACAUGUUCGAUGUUCUGUGUUUACAUAAAUGUCAGAGCCGCUGCACAAACAACAUUUCUGUUAGACUCACUGACGGUGGCAGACGUCUGUUUCUGUUUUCAGAGACUCGGUGAAAACCUAAAGUCUCCUUUUAUAAUCAAAUUGAUCAGGGAGCCGUUAACGAAUCGAUAAUGGCAUCGAUAUCAAUAAAGUCUUAUCAGCUCCCAUGGAGCCUGCAGGGAUCCUCCCGUCCUGUAGGGGUCAGAGCAGGAGUCUGAUCCUCCAGGUGGAGGUGAAAGCACCUUCUCUAAUCAGAGACGGUCCUCUCUAAGCUCCACCCUCAGACCCGACCCCUCGCUCUCCAACAGAGGGUGGACGUUUGCUCAGAGGAACAGCAGCAGAGCACAGAGGUUCUGGUUCUGUUUGGAUCUGUUCAACAAAUGAAGAGGAGGUGAUCGCAGACGUGUGCAGAGAGGCGAGGGCAGAAGGUGAAGUUGAUUUAAAGCUGAUAAGUCUGUCAGGUUAGUGUGUCAGGGCUAAUGCUGACGGAGUCUGGGUGGAGAUUAGAGGAGGAGGAGGAGGAGCUUCAUCUCACUGCAGAUCUUCACCUGAUCUUCAGGUGGACUGACCUGCUGCUGGGGGGGGAGACAGGUCCUCCUCGGACCCUUUACAGUCAUCAGAGUUUUCUCCAUGCUAUAUUUACAUACCUGCUGUUUAAACCUCAAUAACCGUUUUAAUUCUCUAUAAAAACUUUAACUGCUAAAGAAACUAAAUCAAAGUGUCUCGUCCUCGCGCGCACAGAAGAUCUUUGACCAUCACAGUCUGAUAAACAUUUUAAACAGUCUCAGUUUAAUUGGACUAAACUCAUAAUUCGUCUUUUUCUCUGAAUCUUCUCUCCUCGUCCUCGUUUACAUGCAGCUGAGAACAUCGAAUUAUUGACGUGGACGUGUCCUCCUCCCCAACACUAGGGGGCGAUACGGGUCUUUUCAGUGGCGCUCUUUUAAAAGGCCUUUUUUAAAGAUGUGUCCGUUCCUCGUUUUGAGACCGUCCAUAAACUUUAAAAUGUCGGUUUCUCUCCUCGUCGGUUGGUUCUGAGUUUAAAGUUUUUUAAUGAUAGCGCCACUUCCUCUCUGUUGGUUUUGUUCCGGGGUUACGGGGGCGUGGCGCACGCUCACAUGCAUUGUCCGAUCAUACUCUGACUUCACUGGUUACAUGGUAGAGAAAAUCGAAUUCCAGUCUCAUCAUCUGGGUGUCUUAAUCAGAGUUCUUAAACUCUGAUUAUAGUCGGACUAAGGUGUCUCCAUGACCUUCAGUUGUCUGGUCUUAAUCGGAAUAAGACGAUAAUUCGGUUUUCUCGGGUGUCAUGGAAACGGACUGAAUGAGCAGGUAUGAAAGUACAGCAGGAGGAGCUCUGGUGGUUCAGAAGGUCCAAAGUGUGGUUCCAUGAUGUCUCGGUCCAUCAGAUCCAGUUGAGCUCAGAACCUCGGACAGUCUCCUGCUGCAGCGCCGCCAUCCUGGAGUAAACACAACCAUCGGUCCAAAGGUUAGCGAGCUGACCCACCGCCGUUAUCUCCGAUUCCUCUGACUGUGAGGCGUUCAGAGGAAGUAAAUCUGCUGCUGCUUGUUUCUUAGAUUCAUUACGGUAACUUUCACUCGGACUCUCUAUCAGCUUCUUGGCUCAUCUCUGAGGGGUUCGGUUCAGUCCAGGUCUGGGCUCUUCGUAGACCCGCUGAGUGUCUCCUCACCUGUCCCUCGGUGCAGACUCAGGUGUUUCUCUCUCUGCUGUGUUUUUAAAGCUGCUGACUCAGCGCGUGUUUAUUUAUCACGCUCAGCUGCUGAAUGACGGUCUGACCCUGAAGAAGGUCCGUCUGUUUGAACUGUGGUGGGUUUGGCCGUCCACUAAACCACUGAAGGUCUCUCUGCUCCACAGUCUGACUGUAAGAACAUUGAAGGUAGACGAGAAAUACCUGAGACCUCCUCUGCUGGGGUCUUCAGGUUUAAUCUAACAGACAGGAGGAGGUCAGAGCGACACGUUAACUCUUCGUGAACUCAGAGAGGUCUGGAACAUCAUGUGAGGAUGUGUUCCUGCAGGAGGAUGAUGCUUUUAUUUUGACGAGGGAGGUAACGAUAUGAAAAUUUAACGUCAUGAUUAUUGUGACCAAAUUUAUCAGGGUUAUCAAUAUCAUCUCGGUAUUACUGAAGUAUGUUCAGAGUGUUUAAAAAGUCCGUCUACACACCCUGAAAUAAUUUAAGAGUUUUAUUUUGAAAAAACACUCAGGAUGACUUUUUCCUUCACCUGAAAUCAUUUAAGAGUUUUAUUUUGAAAAAACCUUUUCCUUCACCUGAAAUCACAGAGUGUCCGAGGAGCUUCCUGCGGCGGCUCUUCUCAGCUCUGAGCAGCUUUUCCAGAGAGCGACAAUCAAACACGGUUUUAACGAUAAUUAAAAUCUGAAACGGUCGUAAUAACCGUCAGACAUUUUACCACGAUUUAUCAUUUUACAUCCCUAAGUCUUCCUGUCUGGCAUUUCCUGUCUCCUAAAUCAUGCUUUUAUUUUGAAAUGAAGUGUGUGGAGCUGAAUUAAAAAGAUUAAAAACUGUUAGAAAGUUUUCAGUGUUUCACCAAAGAGGAGAAACUUCUUCUUCUAAAACUCCUUCAGAAGUUUCCUGAGGAGGUUCGGUCUGAGUCGACCUCCGUCUCUCACUGAGGAGGUUUGGUCGGGGUCGACCUCCGUCUCUCACAGGCUGGUUUGGUUCUAUAGUUCAGAAACCUUCUAAGCGGACUCUUUCUGCAUGAUAAGAGAUGGUUUCUUCGGCAGACAGUUGAGGUUUUUAACUCAGUGAGGUGUCGUUUCUGUCUUAUUUAACGCCGUCUCUCCUUAAAUCCAGACCUGCUUCAGCUCCGACCAAACCGCAGUCUAACAAGAAGAAGAAGAAGAAGCAGAUCUUUAAAGUGUUUUUAAAUAGAUCUUCAGAGAGGCGUGAAGAAGAGGAUCUGACAGAGUGAUGACAGUUUUCUCCUCUUCAUCCUCGGUGGAAGUGAACAGAUGCUUUGUUCUGUUUUUAAACCCUCUGGGCUUUUAUUUUGACGGGAGCCGCCGUCCUUUUGUUUCCUGCUGUGUUAAAACGCUGCCAGGAGGCUGUCAGCUUCCUCUGCCUCCCUCUUCCUCCUCAGUCCUCCUCCGCUAACUGGGAGGGAACAACCAUCAUCAUCAUCAUCUUCAUCAUCUUCAUCACCGACAUGACAGUGAGCGCCUGAGAGUGCGGCGUUCACGGCGUUCAGUUAAAGACGGUUAAAGGAGGUUUUUUUUACACGUGAGCUCAGCUCCACUGUCAAGACCAGCUGUGAAACAGCUGAGUCAAAUACUGGAGUCUGAUUGGUCGAUCCUCCUCCACAGAGGUCUGUUAUUCCCUGAUAACAGUCAGGAAGUUCAUCUCACUAAACGAAUCUGUGGAAAUGAAACUUCUCUGCCUGUUGACACUGUGGUAAAGAUAUUUGACGGUAGGGCCGGGCGAUCAAUAUCAAUAUCAAUAUCCCGAUAUAUUGAUCAGUUCACUUUGAUAAAUGGACGAUAACUCCUCCACCAGCUGCUCAGCCCCUCCCACAUUAACCUCUGACCCGUCCUCCAUCUCCUCACCUGUCUUUCCCUCUUUGUUACAGACUGGAGGGGGCGGAGUCACGUCUCUGAUGUAGGACAGCGUCUUAAAGGGACAGGAGACCAUAGCCUACCUACACACAUCCAACAACAACUUUGAUUUAUUGAUUUAUUGACACUGACCGAUAUGGACAAAAUGACGUCGAUUAUUGAAAAUGUAAAUGUUUGGUUUCUCGCUCAGCCCAACCUGACCGUGUUUUAAGGAUGUAACUAAAUAUCACAGUAUGGAGGUGAGAGCAGGAGGAAGUCUCAACUCCUCCUUCUUCUUCUUCUACCUAUUACAACUUCUCUUUCUCCUGCUCUCUCAUCUUCCCCUCUUCUUCUUCUUCUCCUCCCUCUGUCCUCUCUCUUCUUCUUCUUCUUCUUCUUCUUCUUCUCCUUCUUCUCCUCCUCUCUCUCUGCCUCUCUUUCUGUCCUCUCUCCUCCUCUCUCUCUGUCCUCUCUCCUCUUCUUCUCCUCCUCUCUCUGCCUCUCUUUCUGUCCUCUCUCUCUGUCCUCUCUCUCUCUGUCCUCUCUCUUCUUCUUCUUCUUCUUCUUCUUCUUCUUCUCCUCCUCUCUCUGCCUCUCUCUCUCUGUCCUCUCUCUGCCUCUCUCUCUGUCCUCUCUCUCUGUCCUCUCUCUUCUUCUUCUUCUUCUUGGGUUCAGACGCUGUCAGACUUUUCUCUUUUUCACCUCCGUACGUCUCUCAGACCUCCUCAAAGCUCCUCCUCUUUCUUCGCUCCACUUAAAGGAGGUCAAAGUUCGUCCCUCUUAUUUCACAGACUGAUUUUGUUUUGAUCAGGUUUGGUCGAGUAUUGAUUAAUUGAUGACAAAGAUUAUUCUCCUUCAUGUCAGCCUGGUGUUUAUAGUCUCAGUUCGGACCUCUGAACUGAAGGUGUUACUCAGAGACGCUCAGUCUGGGUCCAGAACCGUGUCCAGUUGUCCAUGAGUUUAUUUUUGGAGGUAGAACUCAACAGUCAGAGAAACGGACCUGAAGGUUGAGAACUUCCUCCAGGACACGCCGUGACGCUGUUUCACUCUGAGCAUGUGCGGUUUGAUCAAGAAGAACAGGUACGCUGAGAGUCUGAGACGGGUUCCCGUCAGGUCCUCUUGGUUUGUAGUUUGGGUCGGUUCUGACGGACUGAACUGGGAUCAUCCGUCUGUUCUGUCUGUUGGUGUUGGUGUACCUUUAAAGGGCGUGUCCGCGUGAAUCUGAUUUCUCUCUUAUCGAAACACAAACUGAUCUUUUAGUGAACAGGACACACGUCUCUGUCCUCCACCUCCUCAGUAAAGAGAGACACACUCGGCUCUUGGUCUCCCUCAGAGACCAGGUCCCUGUGAUCCUCAGACUCAGUGACGGCUGCUGUGAGGGUCUGUCAGUGACUCCUGAACCACGCUCACAGUGAGGAGGCUUUAAAGGAGUAUUCUGCAGUUUUCAGAGCUGGACCCUCGUUUCAUGUCUGUCUCUGGUUUAACGGACUCAGACUGGGACACGUCUGCACAUGAGAUUUAGUCUUUAGAAGACCUGAAAAACGAAGGAAGACUGAAGAGCAUCUCUGUAGCUAAAAGAUCGAACAAUAAUUAAAGAAGAAACUCACAGAGUAACCGCUCAUCUAGCCCCGCCCCUUCCUGACAACAUCAGGUCCUUUAAACCUGAUUUUUAUUUUUAUGUUAACAGUAAAAACAAGAGAAAAUCAGACGUCCUCAGGUCUGUCUGUGUGUGUGUGUGUGUGUGUGUGUGUGUGUGUGUGUGUGUGUGUGUGUGUGUGUGUGUGUGUGUGUGUGUUAAACACACCCAGAGCUGUGUAAAGAACACAAAGACGUUGAGUGUGAUGAUCUGAAUAAAAGGAUCAGAGUCACAGAGUUAGAGCAGCUAGAAGCUGACCCUCCCCUGCAGAGAUGGUAAACACAGACAGAGUCUCACUCUCUUUAAAAAGUCCGACUGACUUUUAAAGUAUUUUUAUUUCAUUUAAAAUCAUCUUGAAACUGUUUGUCUAAAAAAAAACAGCCUCAUGAUUUCAGCGUCUGUCUCAGCGGCGUGACUCGGGUCCUUGAAUCCUGCAGAGCAGGACUGUCGGGUGUGUAGUCGACUCUUCAUUAGUGACUUUGUUUGUGUCAUUGUGUAACGUUUGGGCAGAUCACAGGAAACACAAUUACAGGAUGAAACUAUUACUUUUAAUGACUUUCAAUGACUUUUAAUGACUUUUAAUGACUUUUAAUAGUGCAUGAGAGUUGUGUGUGGUCUCUGUCUUUGAUUGUAUUUUUAUAUUUCCUGGUGUUUUAUCUGAUUUAUUAUCUUUACUCUAAAUUGACUGAGUUUUCUCUGUUGAUCUCUGAGAACCUCGUUGUUUUUAAAAUGUGCUCAUGAACAUAAAGGAGGAUCAGAUCAGACUGUUGGAGGGGGUCUGUGGAGGAGAGAGGUGGACCUGCUGGUCCUCUGACAGUCCUGGUCCUCCUGUUUUCUUCUGUGAAGUGAACUUCCUCUGGGCGAGGGUUUGUGUGGGUCAUAUCUUAUCUUACUUCUGCCUGUUGUGUCACGGCUGCAGCUCCUCAUUCAGCAGGACGUCACUCUGAACACGCAGGUUUUCACUCUCAGAUUUUGGUGCGCUGCCUAAACCAACAGGAGACGCGUUUCUCCGCCGCUGCUGCUGCGGCGGCGUCUGUCCUCAUAUUUCCUCCCUGUGUCAAUGUGGGCAGGUCCAGGCGAGUUCCUCCACGCUCUUAAACACACACAGACACACACACAGACACACACAGACACACAGUGAGACAGGUGAAUGCAGCUAACGUGUCACUGGAAACUAACAGGUGUUUGAACCCGAGGACUGCUCAGUUCUAGAAACCGAGUCAGGAAGAACCGGUCCAAAUGGAGCUGGUUCCGAAGCGUCAGUCUGGGGGGGCAGGAGAUCUGCUGGAUGUGACUGAGUCGGUACGUUUCCUUCAUUUACGUCUGAUCAUUCAUAAAACCGCCGUUUUAACUCUCAGACAAACGGACCUUUUUUUUUUCUGUUUGUUAAAAUAUCGAAGAUUCUGACUCUUGAUUAUCUCCGUGGUCGCCGCCGCCGUGGUCAGUCAGCGUCCGUCAGUCUGGUCCAGAUGUUCAGCCGUUAAAGCGGUUUAUGGAUGUAGAUGUGAGUCUGUUGUUUGGUCAGAGCUUCAGGUGAAUCUUCAGAGCAAAUAUUGGAGGAAUUGGGAGUCAGCGCUCCGAGGUGAUCGGUUUGAUCACUGUGACUCUGUCCUUAUUGAUCCUGAAUAUCUGCUGAUCGAAGGUUUUAUCAGACAAACUCAGGACAUCUAGGAGCCGGAUCUAUGUUUGUAACAGCUGCUACCUCUGAAUAUGGAGCUUCAUGGUGGACGAACAACACGUCCUCCGAGAACACGCUUGUUUAAAUGUUCUCUGACUUUAUCCUGAGAGGACUGAUUUACAGAUCCAGAUCCGCCGUUUCAGAGAUCGGUACAUCGGCGCCACAGGAGGAGCCUUAACGAGCUGAUGUCUGUGUCACUCAGCUGUCACGCCAAAUUAACGAUAAAAGAUCCAAACGUCAGAGCAGCCGAUGUGUUAGACCUUCACCACUCUGUCUUUGGUCGUAAAGACAUCAGCGUGUACGUGAUCACGAUUAAAGACGUUUCAUACGCACAAAUGUCGACGGGGUAGCAAGACAUGACAGUGUCACAUGUCACACGUCGCCAUGGCGCUUAGAAACACAUGAGAUUAAAUAAUGUGUUUAACGGUGACCGCGCAGAUGUCUUUACAAACAGAGCGGUGAAGGUCUGAGACUUCAGGAGACCUCAGACUGGUCUGAAGGUCAAUCUGAGGUCUGGAUGAUGACACACACACACACACACACACACACACACACACACACACACACACACACACCCUGAUUUACAGGGACAAAGGGAGGCUGCACUUCACUCACCACAGAGGACAAAAGGAGGAGGAGGAGGAGCAGUAUUGUUCAGAGGUCUCACUCCUUCUAUUCAUGUGAUGAUCGGAUGGAUUAGAAAUAAAAACAUGAAUUGUUCGUCUGUUUAGAUGAUGUCAGAGCAGGAACUCUCACCUGCAUCACUAAAGGUGUGUGUGUGUGGAUCAGCAGGUGUGUGUGUGUGGAUCAGCAGGUGUGUGUGUGUGGAUCAGCAGGUGUGUGUGAGUGGAUCAGCAGGUGUGUGUGAGUGGAUCAGCAGGUGUGUGAGUGGAUCAGCAGGUGUGUGUGUGUGGAUCAGCAGGUGUGUGUGUGUGGAUCAGCAGGUGUGUGUGAGUGGAUCAGCAGGUGUGUGUGUGUGGAUCAGCAGGUGUGUGUGUGUGGAUCAGCAGGUGUGUGUGUGUGGAUCAGCAGGUGUGUGUGUGUGGAUCAGCAGGUGUGUGUGAGUGGAUCAGCAGGUGUGUGUGUGUGGAUCAGCAGGUGUGUGUGUGUGGAUCAGCAGGUGUGUGUGAGUGGAUCAGCAGGUGUGUGUGUGUGGAUCAGCAGGUGUGUGUGAGUGGAUCAGCAGGUGUGUGUGUGUGGAUCAGCAGGUGUGUGUUUUCAGUGUUUUCAGGUGUUUGUCUCACCUGAGCCUCACCUCUGUCUGCGGUUCGAUGAUGUCAGCUGACUCUAAGUGACUCCAGAACACACGAACGGGUGACGUCAGUGAGACUAGAUCCAGGUUUUAGACAGGACAUGGUCCAAAGGAUGCUGGUUUUAGAGGAUAAAGAGGUCGGAUUUAACAGGCCGGGGUCCAGAGAAGGUUCUGGUGGUUCUGGAUCGUGUCAUACAGAGGUUUUCAAAGUCUUUCUGAGUCCGGUCUGUUUUUAACGCCCUCAAGACCAGAACCAUCCAGUCCUGGUUCUGGUCCUUUAGUACAGAGGUUCCUGAUAUUAUGGACUGUAGAUGAUGUGACACACGUCAGCCUGUGAGACCGAUGGACACUUCACAGUUUGGUUCCUCUGAGGAACUCGCUCCUGGACUUGGAGAAGUUUCUACAGUCCGGUGGAGGUCCGGUGGAGGUCCGGUGGAGGUCCGGUGGAGGUCCGGUGGAGGUCCGGUGGAGGUCCGGUGGAGGUCCGGUGGAGGUCCGGCUCCGGCUGCAGAGUCCCUGAUCUGUGAGAGUGCCGAGGUCAGCGUCAGUCAGCUGGAGGAGGUCAGCUCCUCCUCUCUGAAGGUCGAGUCUGACCUCCUUCACAGAGAGGGGGCCUGCAGGCGGAGGAGGAAGAAGAGUCUGUCUGUCUGUCUGUCUGUCUGUCUGUCUGUCUGUCUGUCUGUUUCUGUCUGUCUGUCUGUCUGUCUGUUUCUGACUGUCUGUCUGUUUCUGUCUGUUUCUGUCUGUCUGUCUGUUUCUGACUGACUGUCUGUCUGUCUGUUUGCGCUGCAGCUUUCCCAGAGACAACCCUCCAGUGAAGAUGAGACCAUGGUCCCAGUACUAACGUCCAGAAAAGCCAGCGAACUCCCCGUCAACGAAGCAGCGUGUAUCCUGCAGGUGAGAGGAAACGCUGAACAGCUGAGAGACGUUCAGAUUCCACAGAUCAAACAUAUCGACAUGUUUGGAGUUUGAUCAGGACAUGAACCGGCGUCUCCCUGUUUGUUUGUUUGUUGACAGGCUGACCUGCAGUUGGGUCUGACCCAGGAGGAGGUGUGCAGGAGGAGAGCCUACCACGGCUGGAACGAGUUCGACAUCAGUGAAGAUGAGCCGCUAUGGAGGAAAUACAUCUCCCAGGUAAGGAACCCUGACCUCAUUCUGAGGAGACCUUCAGGUUUUGGACCGUUUGGAUGAUCUGAAGAUUCAGAUAGUUCGACUGUUAACAGAAACAACAGGUGAAAAAUGAAUGAGUGAUGAUGAAGAGGUGAGUGAGGGUGAAGGAGUUAGAGACAGCAGAUGAAUCCAGAGACGUUCCAUCCAUGAGGAUCCAGGCGGGUCUUCAGUCUGAUCUGUGAUCCAUAUAACUGGAUCGCUGAAUCCAGUUUGGACCAGUUCUUCCAGUGCAGGUCAGUCACUCUAACCCCUGACCUCCACCUUCAUCCUGAUCGUCUCCUAAAAGGUCGUAUCCUCCGAUCGUAGCUGAUCGUAACCAUUCAAGUUAACGUGUCAAUUUACACCGACUUCUUUCCGUUCCUCUGCGGAUCGCCGGACUCCUCAGCUGAUCACAAGAGUUCUAUUUUUUCUGGACGCCGGAGCAUGGCGGAUAAAUUCAGCACAGAUUAACCCGUGCUGGAAAGGAAGUCGGGCACAGACACAAAAUAAAACAUCCGGCUUCUUUUCAAAAUAAAACACUCCGUGUUUCAGGAGGAUCGUAUUUCACACCAUGCAAACGGGCGGAGACGAACAAGUGAAAGGUUUUUAGACGUCAUUUCACCCCGAUGACACCAUGGAUGAGGAGAUGCUGAUUCUAGAAGUCUAGAAGUAGAUUUCCUCCUCUGGAAGGACACAAUCUACUGCUUAUAUGUCUAUGUGUCUGUCUUUAGAGAGACAACUCGUUAUCGAGUGAUUGGACGUGAACCUGCAGGUUCUUGUAUAUUCUCGCUGUCCGCCAUCCGCCAUGAAAUUCUCCUCACAAACAGAUCCAGUAGGAACGGGCUGACAGUGAAAACAGCUGUUGUUCCGGUUCGGAGUCGUUCUGGAUGUGGUGGAUAUUAGCGGGUCACAGCGGAGCUUCACUGUAGCGUCCUUCAGUAGAAUGUCUCUUUUAUCGUCUCCCUCCUGUCUCUUCAGCUUCAUGUCGGUCCAUAAAUCUGUUUUGUUUGAUAUUUCAUAAAUCAGCUCUGCUCUUCAGAGUGUCGUCUCUCCUCUCAUGUUCAUCUGUCAUCUAUCUGCUGAUAUUCAGAUCUCGGUUCUCAGGAAGCUCUUUACACAUUCAGCUCCAGGACAAAGCCCACACUAUUUUUAUCUGCUGCUGAGAAAAUAUCUGGAGGCCCGUCGUGUUCCUCGGUGUGGUUGUUGUUUUGUCAUGAGAACACAAAAGCUCACAGUAGCUCCUCUUUUCUCUCCCUCUUUGUUCUCCUCACAUUUCUCACAUCGUUGUAUUAGAGAGGUGUUUUUUUGGCUUCAUGCCGCUGAAGCAGCCUUUCCCUGAAGUCGUUACGUAACACGGUGAUUUCACAGAAAUGAGCUGCUUCAUAUUCAGAAGGAAGAAGGAGUCGCUGCAGCUUCGCCGCGUUCUACAGGUUUACUGAGCUGAUCCAGCGUGAGAGCGCCGCUGCUUUUCUGAACACACGUGUGUUUUUAUUUUUAACCAGGAGUGAGGAAACAUCACAGGAACAUGAACAACACAGCAGCAUGUAUCAUGAUCUUAACGCCGUCUAAAGAUUCUUCUUCAGAUCUUCUCUGUUUUAUUCCUGCAGACAGACUGAAGGGCUGACGGUUUGAGAACAGUCUAAAAAUACAUCUGUGUUUCCUCUAAAGACCAGAGGAACACUGUCAGCUGACAGACCAACAUCAGGGUCUGCUGCAGCCGCAGACUCCACCUCCUUCAUCUCCGUCAGGUGUUAAACAGGCGGGCGGGGUCACCUGGAGGACUGUGGUCUCAGCUUGUAUCCAGUCGAACCCUGACACGGUUGGUUUGUGGAGAGAACUGAAUUAACCCUGCAGCCAGAGAAACGAGUCAACGCUUCAUUUCUCACACUGUAGUCGGAGGUGAAGUGGUGAGCGUGAAGACAUGAACCAGCUGAUGUCACCGCACCGUCUGUGUUUCAUUUAACCUUUAGCUGCUGCGGGGUGGGCGGAGCUCCAUCACCAUGAACAACAUCCACCGCUGAUGUGGUUCAGAGGAUGUCCUCUGAUUCUGUCCUUCUUAUACCUUUAACUUCAGCCAAACUACCGUCUCAGCGUGGAGCUCAGAGGCUGUGGAGCUCGGAGGCUGUGGAGCUCAGAGGCUGUGGAGCUCAGAGGCUGUGGAGCUCAGAGGCUGUGGAGCUCAGAGGCUGUGGAGCUCAGAGGCUGUGGAGCUCAGAGGCUGUGGAGCGACGCCGAUACGAUCCUGAUCGAAGAAAAACAAGAUCAGACGUUACAGCGCAGACAGGACGUUCACUUCUGUCAGUUAAAGUCCCGGUUCACGAUUUUAGAAGCAGUUAAAAAAAAAACUGAGAUCGCACUUUAGGACCAUGAUCGCCAUGGAAACGAGGGUCAUAAUAAUUAACAAUCUCUACAAUCAUCAACCAGGACUUUAAUGCUAUGUGACGUUACGUUAAAUUACCUCGUUAUGUUUCGUCCUGCUACGUCUCACUAAGUUGUGUUAUUAUUUGUUAUUAUGUGUUAUUAUGUGUUAUUAUUUGUUAUUAUUUGUUAUUAUUUGUUAUUUUGUGUUAUUAUUUGUUAGUUUGUGUUAUUAUGUGUUAUUAUGUGUUAUUAUUUGCUACAUUAGGUUCUAUUAUGUUACUUGAUGUUGCGUUACAGUCAGUUGUGUUACACUGUAUUACAUUGGAUAUGAUUGGUUAGAGUGAUCUGAAGUCAGACUCAGUAAAUGAUGAUAUUAGAGGAUAUUUGACUCUAAGUUACAUAAUAAAAGAGUUUAAUUCAGAAAAGGAGACGACUGUCAUCAGAGUUUGUCAAACUGCUGUCAGACACAAAAUGAUGAAACACUGAACAAGAUGUAACGACACAGGAUGACACAACAGGGUGUUUCACAACAUACUACAACAUGAAGACAUGAAGACAUGAGGACAGAGUUCGCCUCAGCGUGACAGAGUACGAUCAAAAAUACUGAAGUGUCUUUUUAGUUAUGAACUAUUUUAAUAAAACAAACACAAUAUAACAGACCAACAGUGACCUCCACACUGACACUGACACAGACACUGACACAGACUGACACAGACACAGACACACUGACACAGACACAGACUGACACGGGUCACAGAAGAGGACGGCGUGAGGAAGAGGACCUCCCAUCCUCCAGAGCGGAGACGUUGACCUCACGCUCGUCUUCAUGGACUCUGAGUUUGUGUCUCAGUGAACCUUUUAGACGACCGUCCUUUAACCACAUCACGCUGUCAGACUGAAGACCUGACCCUGAACCAGGUCAGCCAUGUUUGAUCAGACUGGGAGGUUCAGUGGAUCACAUCAGUCCACGUCUUGGAUUCUUCAGAAGAGCGUCCAGAACUGAGGGCCUGAUUGGUCCCCACAGUGGCUCCACCCCCCUGUAGUUCAGACUCUGUUAAAGGUCUUUGUUUGAAGCUCCGUGUUUUUGUUCCUGCUGAAGUGGAAAACGCCACACCUGAGACGCCGUUUCGCUCGGAUACAAGUCUGAAAAUAACUUUUAAAAACAGUGAUGAGGCGGACAAACAGGACUGACCGGAGGAGAGGAUGUAGACCAUAGACGAGGAUGUAGACGACAGUCACCUUUGACUUUUCCAGAUUUGAAAUGUCAGCUGUCACGCUAGCCGGCGGACUGAAACGCCGAGUGAAAACAGACCGAUGGUUUCUGAACUCGUGGUUUAAUCAAAGUGACCAACAGCUGGAAGAGGAGGAGGAGGAGGAGGAGACCAUUUCCAAGAAGGUCCUUCAGAUUCAGUCAGAUCAUCUGAGCGUUAAACCGUAGAAGCAGCCAGAGGGAGUCCGACUGACUGCAGGUCAGUUUAGUCCACAUGAACUCUGACAAGGACAGACAGCGAGAGGAGGACGAGGACGAGGAGGAGGACGAGGACGAGAGGAGGACGAGAGGAGGACGAGGACAAGAGGAGGACGAGGACGAGAGGAGGACGAGGAGGAUGAGGAGGAGAGGAGGACGAGGAUGAGAGGAAGAGGAGGAUGAGAGGAGGACAAGAGGAGGACGAGGAUGAGGGGAGGACGAGGGGCGCUGUUAGAGGUUAAAAUUGGACAGACGGAGGAGAUGAGGGGUAAAAAAAGGUGUGUGAAGUGUUUCCUCAGAGGUCUCGUCAGAAACUCGUUCUGCUGCUUUCUGAUCUUCACACUCAGACUGAAAAUGUCUCCAGCUGUGAGGAGACUCUGCUGUUCGAACCCUGAACCCUUCAGACCGGAGGAACAGGCGGUUUUAGCUGCAGGGAUCUGCUGAAUCAUGGAGGGAACAUGUCGCCACAGUGGAUCUGAAGACUGAUAAGAGAUAUGAGUCAAACCGCCGCGACUUCCUGCUGUCAACGAAACACAAACUCUAGAAAGACUCUAAAAACACGGAGAGGGAGUUCAAACGUAGAUCAGAUAUCCUCAGACAGGUGGAUGACUUUAGGAGUCUGAUUACAGAGAAGUUUCUCUCUUUAUAUUUUUGUUGUUGUUGUUUGUUUUUAAAUUAAAGCUUCAGUCAGGAGUUUUCUGUCCUUCAGCUCAAAUUCUUAUUAAUGGAUUUUUGUGACAUAGAAACAGUCGGAGUGAUGGUUACCGUACUGUGGGGUUAAA